CUGUAGACCUCACUCACCUCCCACCAUGGAGUGGAGAACAUCUACAGUAUGCAUACUGCUACUGGCGCUAACCGGCAUUCAGGUUGAUUCAAAGAUGGUCUAUCCCAGCAACCAUGUCAACAACAUCUGUAGCAUGUGGGGAAACUUCCACUUCAAGACAUUCGAUGGAGACGUCUAUCAGUUCCUGGGCAUGUGCGAGUACAACCUGGUGUCCGACUGCCAAAGCCUCAUUCGCCAGUUCUCAGUUCACGUAAAGAGAACAGAACACAUCACUGGCCCAAAGAUCAGCAGAGUGUCGAUUACCAUCAAUGAAAUUGGCAUUGAGUUGACUGAGAAACAGGUCUUAAUCAACGGAGAAAACGUAACGCUGCCUGUCCACAUCGCAGGGAUCCUCGUGGAAGAGAACUCAAUUUACACCAAGCUCUAUUCCAAAAUGGGCAUCACUGUCAUGUGGAACAAAGAGGAUGCAGUUAUGGUGGAACUAGAUUCCAAAUAUUCCAAUCAGACUUGCGGACUGUGUGGUGAUUUCAACGGCGUUCCAGUUUAUAAUGAGUUCAUUGAAUCCGGACGGAAGGUUGGCUAUGUUGAGUUUGGUAAUAUGCACAGAGUUCACAACCCAACACAUGUCUGCGAAGAUCCUUUUGAAAGCGUCGAUGAGCAAAAUGAGGUGGAUCAAUGCGAAAAGAUUCGGACAGAUUGUGUAGACCUUUUGGAGGAUUUAAAGUGGUCUUCUUGUAACUGGGUUUUGAAUCCUGAGCCGUAUAUCAAGGCCUGUACGAAUGAUUUGUGCUUGCGUCAACCUGAAGAUGAAGACACCGACAUCUCUGCGCUGUGUGCCACUUUGUCUGAAUAUUCACGUCAGUGCUCUCACGCCGGAGGAACUCCGCCGUCCUGGAGAACAGCAAACUUCUGUGCUGUGAAGUGCCCGUACAAUAUGGUACAUUCUGAAAGCGGCUCUCCCUGUAUGGACACAUGCUCACACAAAGACACAAACGCACUGUGUGAGGAACACAACGUCGAUGGCUGCUUCUGCCCGCCAGGAACUGUGUUUGAUGACAUCUCAAACACGGGCUGCAUCUCACCACAGAAGUGUCAGUGCAAACAUGACCGCAUCUACAACACAGGAGAGAUUCUGCGCAAAGAUGAUGAACAAUGUACAUGUAAGGAGGGAAACUGGAUCUGUAGAAGUAUUCCCAGCCCUGGCCUGUGCGCAGUAGAGGAAGGAUCUCACUUCACCACCUUUGACGGGAAAGAAUUCACUUUCCACGGAGACUGCAACUAUGUGCUUUCAAAAGACUGUGCGGAGUUCAAGUUCACCGUACUGGGUCAGGUUGUUCCUUGUUUUAGUCAAGAAACUGACACCUGUUUAAAGUCUGUUGUGGUGCUGUUCAACAACGACAUGAAAAAUCCUCUGAUUAUCAAAGCUGACAGAACGGUACAACACAAUGCAGAAGUUUCACUUCCUUACAUGACAGCUGACUUCACGGUGUUCAUGCCAUCAUCGUUUCACAUCAUACUUCAGACCACCUUUGGGCUGCAGGUGCAGGUACAGCUGGUGCCUCUUAUGCAGGUGUACAUCACCGUGGACAAAAGCUUCCAGGGCAAGACUUGUGGUAUCUGUGGAAAUUUUAACAAAGUGCUAUUAGAUGAACUGAUGACCCCUCAGGGAGUGGUGGAGGGUACACCGGUUUCCUUCGCAAAUUCCUGGAAAGCCCAGUCCAACUGCCCUGACCGUACUGAGAGAAUGGACGACCCCUGUUCAUACAGCAGUGACAGCGAGCACUUCGCUGAGCACUGGUGUUCCAAGAUGAAGGACAAGAUGAGCAUCUUUGCCAAAUGUCACGCCACUGUCAAUCCAGACAGCUACUACAAAAGAUGCAAAUACUCCACCUGUAGCUGUGAGAAGAGUGAGGAGUGUAUGUGUGCUGUGUUCUCCUCGUACGCCCAGGCCUGCGCGGCUAAAGGAAUAGUCCUCCAAGCCUGGAGAGAAGUCGUGUGUGAAAAGUAUACAGAGAGUUGUCCGGCCUCGCAGAACUACUCGUAUCAGCUUCAGAGCUGCCAGCGUACCUGUCUGUCUCUGGCCUCUGAGCGCCAAAGCUGCAGAGAUGACUUUGUACCUGUUGACGGGUGCGCAUGUCCAGAUGGACUCUACGAGGAUGAGAAUGGACUGUGUGUACCUAUGGAAAAAUGUGCAUGUUACCACAACGGACAGAAAAUCAAUCCUGGCAAGUCUAUCACCAUAAGGGAAGAACACUGUGUUUGCACGAAUGGAAAAUUUCACUGUCAUUCCUGGAAAGCCAGAAUUCAAGGAUGUUCCUUUCCAAGGGUUUUCUUCAACUGCAGUACAGCAGCCCCAGAUGAGCAUGGAUUGGAGUGUGCAAAUACUUGUUUGCAACAGGAUGUUGACUGUUUCUCACUGGACUGUCAGUCUGGCUGCCAGUGUCCCCUUGGUUUGUUGGAUGAUGGCAGAGGACAUUGCGUUAAACUGGAUCACUGCCCAUGUAAACAUGAUGGACAGUUUUAUGCACGAGGAGCUGAGAUAAGCAAGGACUGCAAUAAAUGCACUUGCAAUCAAGGGAAAUGGCAUUGUACACAAAAAAAGUGUCCAGGCAUAUGCACCAUAUACGGCAGCGGACAUUAUGUAACUUUCGAUCAGCAAAGAUUUGGCUUCAGGGGAGACUGCAGUUAUAUUGCUGUUCAGGACAAGUGUGGAAAUAAAACUGGCAGGUUUUAUGUGAUUACUGAGAAUAUGCCUUGUGGAACAACAGGAACCACAUGUUCAAAGGCUGUCAGGAUACUUUUGGGGAGGACUAUGCUGCUGCUUUCUGAUGGGACUGUAACAGCCACUGAUACUGGAAGCGGUCCAAAUUUCAAGUACAGUGAGAGAAACAUUGGGAUGUACCUUGUCAUUGAUGCUAACAUCGGACUGACAAUUUUGUGGGACCGCAAAACCACUGUCCGCGCCAUUCUGCAACCUCACUACAGGGGACACGUUUGUGGCUUGUGUGGAAAUUUCAAUGAAAAUGGAAAAGAUGACUUUACCACUCAGGGAAAUUUGCCAACUACAGAUAUCAUGGAAUUUGUGGAUAGCUGGAAAGUGUUAAGCACUUGCCCUGCUGCAAAACCAGACAUCAACCCAUGCAUUGCGACUCCCAAUCGUCUGACAUGGGCAAAAAUACAAUGUAGCAUCAUAAAGUCAGUUACGUUCAAAGACUGCCAUAGCAAGGUGGAUCCGAACCCAUAUUAUGAGAACUGUGUGAGGGACUCAUGCGCAUGCGAUGCAGGUGGAGACUGUGAGUGCUUCUGUACAGCUGUUGCAGCUUAUGCGCAAGCCUGCAAUGAGGAAGGUGUUUGUGUGAACUGGAGAUCACCUGAGAUCUGCCCUGUGUACUGUGACUACUACAAUGAUCACGAAGAAUGCAUAUGGCAUUACCAUCCUUGUCAUGAAACUUGCUACAAAACCUGUCUCAACCCUGAUGGUAUAUGCAAUAACACUUUGCCCCCCAUGGAAGGAUGUUAUCCAAAAUGUCCAGACAAUGAGCCUAUUUUUGAUGAGGAAACUCAGACCUGUGUGAAGGAAUGUCAAAACAUGACAACACCACAACCUCCCACACCUACUGCAACAACAACAUCAUUUACCCCAUCAUCUACCCCUAUACUGACAACUACCACAAAGCUGCCUACAACACCACCAACACCAGAAACUCCCACAUCAACUACCCCUAUACCAACAACCACCACAAAGCCGCCUACAACAACACCACCACCAGAAACUCCCACAUCAACUACCACACCUUGUGAGUGUAUAUGGAUAUCUGACUGGAUUAAUGUGUAUCAUCCUGCAUUAGGGGGAGGAAAUGACUUGGAGACUUAUGAAAACAUUGCAGCAAGUGGAAUAAAAAUCUGUAAACAGCCAAUAAAAAUUGAAUGUAGAGCUGCGAGCAGCCCUGACAUGAGCUUUGAAGAUUUUAUUCAGUCAUCAAACCAAGUUGCCCAAUGCAAUGUUUCAAAUGGAUUAGUGUGUAAGAAAGCAGAACAAACUCACCGCCCCUAUAAAUGUUUUGAUUAUGAAAUACGAGUUCACUGCUGUAUACCUUGUAUAGAUACAACAACUACCCCUAUAACAACACCACCACCAGAAACUCCAUCAACUACCCCUAUAUCGACAACCACCACAAAGCCGCCUACAACAACACCACUAGAAACUCCCACAUCAACUACUUCUAUACCGACAACCACCACAAAGCCGCCUACAACAACACCACCAGAAACUCCCACAUCAACUACUUCUAUACCGACAACCACCACAAAGCCGCCUACAACAACACCACUAGAAACUCCCACAUCAACUACUUCUAUACCGACAACCACCACAAAGCCGCCUACAACAACACCACCAGAAACUCCCACAUCAACUACCCCUAUAACGACAACCACCACAAAGCCGCCUACAACAACAACACCACUAGAAACUUCCUCAUCAACUACUUCUAUACCGACAACCACCACAAAGCCGCCUACAACAACACCACCACCAGAAACUCCCACAUCAACUACCCCUAUACCAACAACCACCACAAAGCCACCUACAACGACACCACCACUAGAAACUUCCUCAUCAACUACUUCUAUACCAACAGCCACCACAAAGCCGCCUACAACAACACCACCACCAGAAACUCCCACAUCAACUACCCCUAUAUCGACAACCACCACAAAGCCGCCUACAACAACACCACUAGAAACUCCCACAUCAACUACUUCUAUACCGACAACCACCACAAAGCCACCUACAACAACACCACCACCAGAAACUCCCACAUCAACUACCCCUAUAACGACAACCACCACAAAGCCGUCUCCAUCAACUACCCCUAUACCGACAACCACCACAAAGCCGCCUACAACAACAGAAUCAUCCACAUCCCCUACCCCUAUACCAACAACUACUACAAGGCCUUCUACAACACCUACCACAUCAGCUACCUCUACCUCAACAAAGUAUGAAACAACGACUGAAACGUUAAUUGUUAGUACUGUAGAAACAACAACUGCUUCAGAGCUAACACAAAGCCAAAUUGUUAUUAAUACAACCACAUCAUCUACCACAACACAAUCAGCUACCACAAAGUCUACUAUAACAACAUCAGGAACACCAGAACCUACCACAUCAUCUACUCCUACACACCAAUCACAACAACUCCUGAAAGAAACAACUACAACAACAGAGACUUCCACAAUCACAACAACUCCUGAAACAACUACUUCCACAAUCACAACAACUCCUGAAACAACAACAGAGACUUCCACAAUCACAACAACUCCUGAAACAACUACAACAACAGACAAUCAAUCAACAACUCCUGAAACAACUACAACAGAGACUUCCACAAUCACAACAACUCCUGAAACAACUACAACAACAGAGACUUCCAAUACAACAACUCCUGAAACAACUACAACAACAGAGACUUCCACAAUCACAACAACUCCUGAAACAACUACAACAACAGAGACUUCCACAAUCACAACAACUCCUGAAACAACUACAACAACAGAGACUUCCACAAUCACAACAACUCCUGAAACAACUACAACAACAGAGACUUCCACAAUCACAACAACUCCUGAAACAACUACAACAACAGAGACUUCCACAAUCACAACAACUCCUGAAACACAACAACUCCUGAAACAACUACGACAACAGACCUCCACAAUCACAACAACUCCUGAAACAACAACAGAGACUUCCACAAUCACAACAACUCCUGAAACAACUACAACAACAGAGACUUCCACAAUCCUGACAACAACUCCUGAAACAACUCCUGACACAAGACUUCCACAAUCACAACAACUCCUGAAACAACUACAACAGAGACUUCCACAAUCACAACAACUCCUCAAACAACUCCUGAAACAACAACAGAGACUUCCACAAUCACAACAACUCCUGAAACAACUACAACAACAGAGACUUCCACAAUCACAACAACUCCUGAAACAACUACAACAGAGACUUCCACAAUCACAACAACUCCUGAAACAACUACAACAACAGAGACUUCCACAACAACUCCAAACAACUCAACAGACACAACUCCUGAACAACACAACUACUCCAACAACUCCUGAAACAACAACCACAAUCACAACAACUCCUGAAACAACUACAACAACAGAGACUUCCACAAUCACAACAACUCCUGAAACAACUACAACAACAGAGACUUCCACAAUCACAACAACUCCUGAAACAACUACAACAACAGAGACUUCCACAACAACUCCUGAAACAACUCACAACAACUCCUGAACUCCUGAAACAACUACAACAACAGAGACUUCCACAAUCACAACAACUCCUGAAACAACUACAACAACAGAGACUUCCACAAUCACAACAACUCCUGAAACAACUACAGAGACUUCCACAAUUACAACAACUCCUGAAACAACUACAACAACAGAGACUUCCACAAUCACAACAACUCCUGAAACAACUACAACACUUCCACAGACAACCCCUGAAACAACUACAACAACAACUCCUGAAACAACAACAACAGAGACUUCCACAAUCACAACAACUCCUGAACCAACUACAACAACAGAGACUUCCACAAUUACAACAACUCCUGAAACAACAACAGAAACAUCCACAAUCACAACAACUCCUGAAACAACUACAGAGACUUCCACAAUUACAACAACUCCUGAAACAACAACAACUCCUGAACAAAGACUUCCACAAACUCCUGAAACAACAACUCCUGAACCAACUACAACAGAGACUUCCACAAUCACAACAACUCCUGAAACAACUACAACAACAGAGACUUCCACAAUCACAACAACUCCUGAAACAACUACCACAACAGAGACUAGACUUCCACAAUCACAACAACUCCUGAAACAACUACCUGAACAACUCCUGAUCACAACAACUCCUGAAACAACAGAGACACAAAUCACAACAACUCCUGAAACAACUACAACAGAGACUUCCACAAUUACAACAACUCCUGAAACAACUACAACAGAGACUUCCACAAUCACAACAACUCCUGAAACAACUACAACAACAGAGACUUCCACAACAACAACAACAACUCCUGAAACAACAGAGACUUCCACAAUCACAACAACUCCUGAAACAACUACAACAACAGAGACUUCCACAAUCAACAACAACAACUACAACAACAGAACAACCACAAAGACUUCCACAAUCACAACAACUCCUGAAACAACUACAACAACAGAAACUUCCACAAUCACAACAACUCCUGAAACAACUACAACAACAGAGACUUCCACAAUUACAACAACUCCUGAAACAACUACAACAGAGACUUCCACAAUCACAAACAACACUCCACAAUCACAACAACUCCUGAAACAAGAUACAACAGAAUUAACCACAUCACCUACCCCUAUUCAAACAACUACCAUGAAGCCUACGACAACACCAGCUCCAACCACAUCAUCUACUCCUAUUCCAACAACUACCACAAAGCCUACUACAACAACAUCAGGAACACCAAAACCUACCACAUCAUCUACUCCUACACCGACAGCUACUGCAGUGCCUGUUACAAUAACAACAACAACAACAGAAUCAACCACAUCACCUACCACAAAGCCUACUACAACAGAAGCAACCCCAUCACCUACCCCUAUACUAACAACUACAACAAAAUUAACCACAUCACCUACCCCUAUUCAAACAACUACCAUGAAACCUACUACAACACCAGCUCCAACCACAUCAUCUACUCCUACACCGACAGCUACUACAAAGCCUACUACAACAUCAGCUCCAACCACAUCAUCUACUCCUAUUCCAACAACUACUACAAAGCCUACUACAACAACAUCAGGAACACCAGAACCUACCACAUCAUCUACUCCUACACCGACAGCUACUGCAGUGCCUGUUACAAUAACAACAACAACAACAGAAUCAACCACAUCACCUACCACAAAGCCUACUACAACAGAAGGAACCCCAUCACCUACCCCUAUACUAACAACUACCAUGAAACCUACUACAACACCAGCUCCAACCACAUCAUCUACUCCUAUUCCAACAACUACCACAAAGCCUACUACAAAAACAUCAGGAACACCAGAACCUACCACAUCAUCUACUCCUACACCGACAGCUACUACAAAGCCUACUACAACAUCAGCUCCAACCACAUCAUCUACUCCUAUUCCAACAACUACUACAAAGCCUACUACAACAAAGUCAACCAUGUCGCCUACCCCUAUACUAACAACUACCACAAUGUCUUCUACAAUACCAACACCUACUGCUACUCAUACGUCUACUCCUACACCAACUCCACCCUACGACUGUCCUGCAUGGGACAAAAACACCAAUGAGACCUUCAUCUUGUGUGACUGCAUCAUGGCGAAGUGCAUAGAAGACAAUAUAAUUGAAAUUGUCCCAUUUGAAUGCCCUCCACCGCAGAACAUCACCUGUCAAAAUGGCAAAAAACCAGUGCUUGUCAAAGAUGAGUACGGCUGCUGUGAAUAUUAUGCAUGUGACUGCUUUUGUGAAGGCUGGGGUGACCCGCAUUACGUCACAUUUGAUGGACACUUCUACAGUUAUCAAGGAAACUGCACUUAUGUAUUAAUGGAGGAAAUUAGGCCUCAGUACCAUUUAAAGAUCUACAUCGACAGUGUCUACUGUGACCCUGUUGAGCAUGUAUCCUGUCCCAAAUCUAUUAUUGUCUCUUACAACAAACUAGUCAUAACACUUACAAAUCACAAUCUCAUGGGAGGUGCAGACCUAGAGGCUUUUGAGAACAAUGAAAAGUUACGACUACCAUAUGCUCGUAAUGGUGUGAGAGUUAUAAGCUCAGGCCUAGACUUGAUCCUGAGUAUUCCAAUGCUGGGUGUUGACAUAACAUUUGGAGCUACUGGCUUUGGCAUCAAUCUGCCAUACCAGCUUUUUGGAAACAAUACACAAGGUCACUGUGGAACAUGCAACAACAACAAGGCUGAUGACUGCAUGAUCCCCGGAGGAAUCUUGGUGGAUGACUGUGCAGUGAUGGCAGAUUACUGGCCAGCCAGUGGUGUGAAUGGUGAAUUGUGCACUCCACCAACUGCAUUACCUCCUGUUGGUGGUGAUGUCAAACCUACAUCUAAGCCAUGUCAGGCCCAUUCUUACUGCAACCUCCUUAAUAGCGAGUUGUUCAAAGAGUGCCAUCCCCAUCUGUCGCCCGAGAACUUCUUUUUGGCAUGUGAAUAUGACAGCUGUCAUAUGAGCAACCCUGCCGUGGUUUGUACCAGUCUGCAGACAUACGCGAGGGCUUGCUCUCAAUUAGGCAUCUGCAUUCACUGGAGGAACUACACUAACCUGUGCAAUGUUGAAUGUCCAGCAGAUAAAGUCUACAAUCCUUGUGGUCAAGCUGAGCCACCAACCUGUGCUGAUAUACCUGGAGAGAGCGUCAUUAAGGUUCCCACAGAGGGCUGCUUCUGUCCUGAGGGCUCAUUGCUCUUCAACAAGGAAUCAGGAGUCUGUGUGGACAAAUGUGGAUGCCUGGAUGCCUCUGGAACACCACGUGAGUUCAACGAGGUUUUCGAGUACAACUGUGAGGAGUGUAUCUGCGAUAAGGCCAGCAAAUCGGUGAUCUGUAAGCCCAAGAAGUGUCCUGAUGUGAAACCUGUGAUCUGCAAUGCGCCCGGCUUUGUGCUGGUCAACGUCAGCAAUCCUUCAGACCCAUGCUGCAGCGAACAAGUGUGCAAAUGUGAUGCCAGCUUGUGCCCACCUAUGGAUAACAAGUGUACAGUUGGGUAUUCACCAGUCCUGCAAGUGCCUGACGGAAAAUGCUGUCCAGAAAUCAUAUGCGAGCCGAAGAGAGUGUGCGUCCACAAAAAUAUGGAAUAUGAGCCUGGUACCACCGUCCCCGUUGCUCAGUGUCAGGAAUGCACCUGUACAUGGGAUGUGGAUCCUAAAACCCAGUUGUUCCAGAUCAAAUGUUCAUUUGUGCCGUGCAUUGAGAAAUGUGAUCCUGGUUAUGAAUAUGUUGAAACGAACCACAACGACUGCUGUGGAAAGUGUGUGCAAACUCACUGUAUCGUCAAUAUCAAUGGCGUCGAUCAUAUACUGAAGGAAGGAGAGAGUUUGCCCACUACAAAUCAGGGCUGUGAUAAAAUCACAUGUACUAAAGUUAAUGGACAAUUCAUCACAGACAAACACACAAUCCAGUGCCCUACCUUCAACAUUUCCAACUGCCAGCCUGGCACCGUCCAGCAGUCUCCUGAUGGCUGCUGCAAAGUUUGUGUGGACCAAGUUAAAGGAUGUCAAGUGCAGACCGUUCGCGAUUACAUAAAUCACAACAACUGUCAGUCAGAAAAGAGAAUGGACCUGACAUUUUGUGGUGGAGACUGUACCAGUUUUAGCAGGUACACUGAUCCUGGAUUGUCCUCUUGUAAGUGUUGCCAGGCCACUCGCUCAAGUAAUCGCACGGUAAAUCUUGGUUGCAUAAACGGAGACAUAGUGACCCACACGUAUGUCCAUGUUGAGGAGUGCGGCUGCAGCAAAACUAACUGUCAUUGAGCGGAAGCAAGCCACACACUCACUGAAGGCAGCCAAAAAAAAGGCAAGGUUUCCGUGAGCAGCAGCAGUGAAUCAUCCACCUGAAGACUCUGAAAUACGAAUUCUUUAAGAAACCUCGUUUGGAAAUUAAUUUAAAUUGCAAAUGCUUUGUUUAACAUUUCUUAAACUUUAUCUAUAGAGCUUUUCUUUUUUCUUGGUAGAAUAAAUAUGUACUCUUUUGCUUGCUUGAAAUGAAAAGCAAUUAAAAAGGCAUUUUAAA